UUGUACAAAGCGGUAGUAGUCAGUCGGUGUGCCUGUGUGAAACAGACAGACUCACUUCAGUUUGUUAUUUAUGGUUUAUAACAAUUACUUGUCGAAAGAACCAGCACAUUAAAGGAGACGAACACUUCAAAACCACCUGUGUUAUGGAAGUGGACAAAAUGGACCAGAACGAGUGGAAAUAUCACGGAGAAGGGAACAAGAGCCUUGUGGUCUCUCAUAUUCAGCACUCUCAAGUUCUGCGCUUUUUAAAAUAUCCAGCUGAAGAACCUGGAAACUCCCAUAAGGCAGCAAAGGAAGCAUUUGGCCAUCUACAGAACAUUGUUGACUUUAGUAAGAAUGUCAUGAAGCCGUUUCUGGGAGAGAAUUAUGUCCAUCAUGGGGAGGUUGUACAUCUACCAUUGGAUUUUGUUAGGCAGCUCUCUUUAAAGGUUGAACAAGAAAGACCAGAAUCCCGCUGUGAUAAGGUGAUGGAUAUUUUCAGCGGCUAUGCAUUGUGCCUACCAAAUCUAACCAAACUGCAGACUUGUCGUUUCAGUGAAAGCGGGCCCCCGCUUUGUAUAGAAAUAAAGCCAAAAUGUGGUUUUCUGCCUUUUUCAAGUCACGUCACAAAGGAUGUUAAACACAGAGUGUGUCGAUUCUGCAUGCAUCAACACCUAAAGUUAGCUAAUGGAAAGUGGAAAAGAAUGAGUCGAUACUGCCCUCUUGACCUUUUCUCGGGAAACAAACAGAGAAUGUCCUUUGCCUUAAAGAACUUGCUACAAGAGGCACAAAACAACCUGAAAAUCUUUAAGAAUGGGGAGCUAAUAUAUGGUUGUAAGGAUGACAAGGAUUGCCUGCAGGACUUGAAUGAACUCACUCAACACUUGAAACCAUACUUCUUUCCUGCCAAUGGUCUAAUCCACGGUCCACAUUGCACAAGGACCGUUAUCAAUGAACUCGUUAACGUGAUCACAACAGCAUUGCUAAGUAACUCGGGCACCUGCAGGACAGGUGAAAUCAGGAAGGUGCACAUUUCAGAGGGAAGGGCCCACUGCGAUGCAAGCCACUUCCACAGAGACAUCCUAAGGAAAGGUAAAGGUCAUUGUGGUCUGCCUAAAGAUUGCGUUCUUUCUAAGAUUCUCCAAACUCAGAUGCUGGAUAAUGUAGAUAUUGAAGGACUUCACCCCUUGUAUAAUCGAGUGGAACAAUAUUUGGGGGAAUUCCCUAAAGAAAGGAUCAGAUUACAGAUCGAUGGGCCGUACAACGAAAAUUGCUUUGAAAAAUUGCGAAAUUCACAAUCUGAAGAUGAUGGAACAGUUGACUACGCAGUUCGAAAGGUUCAACAGUACAGGGUAGCAAUGACGGCAAAAGACUGCUCGAUAAUGAUUGCACUUUCACCUUGUUCAGAUGAUGAACUACCGGAGCCUAAUUUAGUGAUUCAAACAUUGAAGUCCAGGUUUACUUAUUCAGUGUCCAUCCUGGAUUUGGACCCUAAACCCUAUGAGAACAUUCGACAUCAGUAUAAGCUUGAUGGACAAAUAGUCAAUUUUUACCUGAAGAGCACACAGGCCAAACAAGACUCUCCAACUCCAAAUCUUUUCAUGGACAGUGAGGACUGCACAUUGGUUCUCCACUCGGUAUGAAUGCAUCAGGGGCGUUUUACAGCAUUUCCAUUCAAGCAUGAAUUCAAAACGGGAGGAGUUUCCAUUGCAGAGCUUAUGUUAUUUUCAUUUUGGUUCAGCAAUAUGCCAUAUGGUUUGGUGUGAAGAAUGGUGCAGCGAUUCUAUAUACUAUAGUAUACAUUAGAUGGUAUAUACUAUGGUAUACAUUUCUGCCAAGUCUAGCAGUGACAGAUGCAAGUUUCAUAUUCUUAAGACACUUUACAAAUAGCAGCUUGCAGAAAGUUUGAGCUGCAAGAAAUUAAUUUUUAAUUAGAAUCAUGUAAAAAAAAUAAAAUUAAAGCACAGUGAUUUAAGUAGCAUGGACAUUUUUGACUAUGCUUACACCUUAUUUGUGGCAUUCACACACAACAAAACAUACAGUUUGCUAACUUCUUGCUGCAGUGUAAAGUUUGCAUUAUUUAGCUUUCCAUAAAGGACAGUAUUUUCUAUUCAUUCAAUUUUUACUGCAAAAAUAUUCAAAAUCCUUUUUUUUUUGUUGGCUUCAAUUCUUGGAGAACACUGGUCCUACUGGUUACUUGACAAAACCUAUUUUAGUCCAUGUAGAUCUGAAAUGCAAAACAUCUGGUUGUUUAGAUAUAAAGGAAUCUCAUGGGCACCUGGGUGACCAGUAUACCCUGAACAAUGAGAAUUCAAGUUAAUAAUUUCCAUCUUCAGAAAAUUAGGUGCCUGUUGUGAAUGGUGGUGAGUGCCUCACUUGCUGUAACACUAACAGUCAAGCAACUCAUUUCCUUGAAAUAAUAAUUCAAGGAGCAUGGAAAAGCAUUCAAAGCGAUUUCCUUAAUUAAUGCUUUGCUUAUUUCACAUGAAUUUAAAACUGAGUGAAUACAAUGGCCAUGCUGUUCCAUUCCAUGUUUAAUAGGUAGAAUUAAUUUAUUCAGCCUGGGGUUUUAUUACUUCAUUUUAAUAAUUUAAGGACCUGGUUGGAACAAAGAUCUAGAUAUGAAAGUGCCAACAUUGCCUACCCCUGGUCUGGUGGGGGGGAGUUAGUUAUUCACAUCAAAAAAAAGUGGUUUCAGUGUUUGUCACACAUUGUUUAGAGAGGGUGAAAUAAAAGAAAACAGACUAUCUAAUUGAACUGUAACUAACUGCAGAAUCUGAAUGGUGUACUAAACCAAAUUUGCCCUAUAUAGUUUGAAGAAAUCUAGUUAUGGGUGUUUUUGUUAACAGUUAAGCUGUGCCAUGUUGCCUUGACCAAGUUUUCAUUGAUCAGUGGUUGGAUAUUAAAUCAUUAAGUACUUCUGUUUGGCAAAAACCUUGAAGGAAUUUGAGGUUUAUGCAUGUGACAAAAAUGUCUACAUAACUAAAAAACUGCUGCUAAUUCAGAUAUCUUUCUUUGGUGAUCUUACUGUGCCAGUGUGGGUUGCGACUUUGUAGGAAAGUUUUUUAAAGAUUCAAAUAUGUUUUGGUAUUUUACUGUUUGUUUAAAUAGUGCACUUCAUUUAAAAUAACUCUGUGAUUAACUCUUUCAACACUGCAGACUUGUAAUGAGAGGUCUAGGAAAGGUAACAGCUGACCAGUAAACUGUUUGUGUGUAUGCCUAUUUUUUAUUUAUUUUUGCAAAUAGACACAAGCUGUUAAAUAAGUUAUCUUUAUGUAAAGUUACUUAGUGGUAGAUUCAAUAAAGAAAAAAAAAGGCAGCUUUAUGACCAGCAUUACUUCCCUGUUCCCUGGUAUGCAAACUUCCAGACACCCUUGAACAAAUUACAGAAUGAGCAAGUGUCAAAAUGAAGUUUGCCUCUGAAAAGUUUGAUUGAAUGCAGCCGUGGAUCAGGGAGAUUAUCAUGCUGAAAGUGUUAACACAGAGACUCACAAAUAUGACCACUUUGCCAAAAGAGAGCUAUCAGUGUUGUUUGAAAUUCGGCUUAUACCAAUCACAGCUGUAUUCAACUUAAAGUAACUGCCAUAUCUGUAUUGUUAACAAAUGUUUAAAAAAAAAAAAAAAAAAACACACUACAGAAAUAAUAAAAUAAUCAUUGUAUUUGAGCAUCUUAACUUCUCGCUGUAAUGGAUUCCAGGAUCUGAAAUGUGCACGAAGAAGCAUGUUGCCUAGGCAAGUAUUUAAUAAUUAGUUAUUGCCACAAUUGCAUCCAAGGGAGAUAUAUUCCUGAUAUUCAGCUGCAGAUUAGUUUAUCCUCCAGCUAGAAAGAUAUAUCAAAGCAUCAUACAAUUUCCUGUAUUAAACCAAACUAGCACAGGAGCUGGAUUCAAUUUACUAUAAACCUCCAGCAAUAACAAUAGUUUAUUAAACCUGUAACAUAUACCACCACUUCACAUCAAAGAAUAAAAAACAGUUAAACCAGGUAACUAACCCUGGGCAGAUUAAUGGGAUGGUUUGGGGAACCAUUACAUAAAUCAAACCUCUUUGUG